UGAAUCCCUCCAACCUGGAACUGCUUCACCUGCAUCGAGAAUUUAUCAAAUCUUUAGUGGAGGGCAUGCAGCAACUAAUUCAAUUUUACAACUGACAAUAUGAAGAAUGCAGUUGACCGGGUAUCUUUCUAGCUGUAUGAUCUGCAAGCAUCAGGAUGCAUCCCUAAAAUGUAUGCUUAGGACAUAAAAGGAAUUAGAAACUAAACAUGGAACACACUUAUAUCACCACAUAAGUGCAUGACACUUCAACAAUAUACACAGAAGACUAACACAUCUGCUCAGAUUUUCAUGAAAAGACGACUGCAAUGAUUGAUUCUUAAAAUGGUGAGCAAUUCUUAAAGAGGGAUUUAUAACUUAAAACCAGAAUUGUGGAAACUACUGACGCAUGAAGAAACAAUGAAACAUGAAUUCCCAAAAGCAGAACGUGCACACUCCACCAGCAAGCUGAACAAGGGUUUAAUCAAGCUUUUUCUAUACUACUCAUUAAAUAACUUAUUUGCCAUAAUGACUAAUGGAUAUUUUUCUCUCAAUUUUAUGAUCUGUUAUGUAUUCUCCUUUAAGGAAAAUAAACCAAAUUAGGUAACUCAUGGUUUCUCUCAAAGCACAUGAACUGGAUUUUAUGAUGUAUAGCAACUUCUUUGACUAAGCCAUCACUCAAAAGUAAUGAGCAGGAGUAUUACAGAAAGAAAUACGCAAAUGUAACUAAAGGAUGUCUACGUACACUUUGAACACAGAGAUCAGAUGUGUUUUCCUUUUUUUUUAAUCCCGGAAAAUAAAAAUGCACAAAAUGCAACUGGGAAAAGAAAUUAACAUCACUUAAAAGAAGGUUUAUUUUUAUUGCUGGCUUGAAACUCAGAACAGAUAAAAGAAUAUGCACUGGUCUGUAGAAGUAUCUCAGGCAAUUAAGAAGUCCCUAUGUUUAAUCAAAUUUUUUUGCUGCUGAAGUGCUGGAACAAAAAAAAGAAAAAAAAAUUCUGCAAGGAAUGAAAUAGAGCCCAGCCACAACUUGGUUGCCAGGUGAAAAUGCAUGUCAAAUAUCUGUCAGUGACACCAUGUAUCAAUUUAUGACAAGCUGCUACAAUGAUCUGAAAGGCCCUUGAGGCACAGAAAACAGGAGAAAAAACAACUGCAACAAAAGAAUGUGUUUCUCCCCCAUUCUGGAAGUCAACAUGCAGUCUGAAUCUAACAUUACAGUUCGAGAUGCCAUUGACGACAUCGACACCAACAUGUACCAACCACUGUCAUAUCCAUUAAGCUUUCAAGUUUCUCUCACUGGAUUUUUGAUGUUAGAAAUUGUUUUGGGACUUGGCAGCAACCUCACCGUGCUGGUACUUUACUGUAUGAAAUCCAACUUAAUCAAUUCUGUCAGUAACAUAAUUACAAUGAACCUUCAUGUACUUGAUGUAAUAAUUUGUGUGGGAUGUAUUCCUCUAACUAUAGUUAUCCUUCUGCUUUCACUGGAGAGCAACACUGCUCUAAUCUGCUGCUUCCAUGAGGCUUGUGUCUCUUUUGCAAGCGUUUCAACUGCAAUCAAUGUCUUCGCUAUCACUCUGGACCGAUAUGAUAUCUCCGUAAAACCUGCCAAUCGAAUUCUGACCAUGGGAAGAGCUGUGAUAUUAAUGACAUCAAUAUGGAUCAUUUCGCUUUUUUCCUUCCUGAUUCCUUUCAUUGAAGUCAAUUUUUUCAGUCUUCAAAGUGCAAGCACGUGGGAAAAUAAGACACUUUUGUGUGUCAGCGCAAAUGAAUACCACACUGAGCUGGGAAUGUACUACCACCUUCUCGUUCAGAUUCCAAUCUUUUUCUUCACUGUUAUAGUCAUGCUAAUUACAUACUCCAAAAUACUCCAGGCUCUUAAUAUUCGAAUUGGCACAAGAUUUACAACAGGACAAAAGAAAAAAGCCAGAAAGAAAAAAACUAUUUCUUUAACCACUCAGCAUGAGACUACUGAUGUGUCACAAAGCAGCGGAGGAAGAAACGUAGUCUUUGGCGUAAGGACUUCUGUUUCUGUAAUAAUUGCCCUACGCCGAGCUGUAAAACGGCACCGGGAGCGACGAGAACGGCAAAAGAGAGUCUUCAGAAUGUCCCUCUUGAUUAUUUCAACGUUUCUUCUCUGCUGGACGCCAAUCUCUGUUUUAAACACUACAAUUUUAUGUUUGGGCCCAAGUGACCUUUUGGUAAAGCUGCGAUUAUGUUUUCUAGUAAUGGCAUACGGAACAACUAUAUUUCACCCUCUACUUUAUGCAUUCACUAGGCAGAAAUUUCAGAAAGUUCUCAAAAGUAAAAUGAAAAAACGAGUCGUUUCAAUAGUGGAAGCAGAUCCCAUGCCAAAUAAUGCUGUAAUACAUAACUCAUGGAUAGAGCCUAAAAGGAACAAAAAGAUUACCUUCGAAGACAACGAAGUAAGGCAGAAAUGUUUAGUACCUCAGGUUGUCACUGACUAGACUUCAGUAUUCACCCAAACACACCAAGAGGAACAUUUGAACAAACUGUAGAAAAAUACUGCCAAAUAAGGAAAACUUUUUUAAACUAUUGGCUAGACUGUAAAUUUUCAAUAUAUAUGUUAAAUAGAGUAGGUCUUGUAUAUUCAAUUUCUUCAUUAUGUAAGAUAUAUGUUGCAUGGCCGUUUGUUAGCGUAACACCAUGUGUAUAUUUGUCAAAAAUAUCCAAGUCUUCUUUUUUAGAAAAUAAAUAGCCUUAAAAAAGCGCAAA